UGCAAACAAUGGUAAAAUAUAAUGUUAUUUUAUUCUUCUUUGUCUCUAUGGUUUUGUCAUCAAUAACAUUUUUGAUGUGUUCUGCCACUGAAAGUGGUGAUGAAAGUAGUAAACUUUAUAUUGUAUAUAUGGGUUCACUUCCUAAUGAAGCAUCAUAUUCUGCAACCUCUCAUCAUCUCAACAUAUUGGAAGAAGUUAUUGGUGAUAUUGGUGUAGAAGAUCUAUUGGUUCAAAGUUAUAAGAGAAGUUUCAAUGGUUUUUCUGCCAUACUCAAUGACCAACAAAGGGAAAAGCUUCUUAGGAUGAAAGAUGUGGUCUCAGUUUUUCCAAGUCAAAAUUUUCAUAUUCAAACUACAAGAUCGUGGGAUUUUCUUGGAUUUCCUCAAUCAAUCAAAAGAGAUCAAAUUAUUGAGAGUGAUUUGAUAAUUGGAGUCAUAGAUAGUGGAAUAUGGCCAGAGUCUGAAAGUUUCAAUGACAAAGGUCUUGGUCCCAUUCCAAAAAAGUGGAAAGGAGUUUGUAAAGGAGGUGCUAACUUUACUUGCAACAAGAAAAUUAUCGGAGCACGGUUUUAUGGUAAUGCAAAGGAUGCAAGAGACGAGGCUGGUCAUGGAACUCACACAUCAUCAACUGCAGGUGGACGAGAGGUGCAAGGUGUGAGCUUUUAUGAUCUUGCAAAAGGCACUGCAAGAGGUGGAGUCCCAUCUUCAAGGAUUGCUGUGUACAAAUUAUGUGGUCCAGAUGGUUCAUGCACUGGUAGUAAUAUGUUAGCUGCAUUUGAUGAUGCCAUUGCUGAUGGAGUUGACAUCAUCUCUAUCUCAAUUGGGAGUGAUACAGCUGUUGAAUUUCUUAAGGAUCCUAUUGCUAUUGCUUCUUUUCAUGCCAUGGAGAAAGGAAUACUCACAUCGCAUUCUGCAGGAAACUCUGGUCCUAGCCCAAGCUCUACUUCAAGUGUAGCACCUUGGUUAUUUAGUGUUGCUGCAACUACCAUAGAUCGUCAAUUCAUUGAUAAGCUUGUUCUUGGAAAUGGAAAGACUCUCAUUGGUAGGUCUGUAAAUACUUUCACUUCAAAUGGCACAAAAAAUUCAAUAGCUAAGGUUUCUUGCUAUGAUGGCUUUAUCGAAACGGAGGUCAAAGGUAAAAUUGUUGUGUGUGAAUCAUUGGGGUAUGAAGAUUCAGCUUUUGAAAAUGGUGCAUCUGGUAUAGUCUCAAAUGUUGAACUAAAUGAUAUUUCUUAUGUAUCUCAAAUGCCUUCAGUUAACUUAAAUUCAAAGGACUAUGUUCUUGUUCAAUCUUACAUAAAUUCCACUAAAUCCCCUGUGGCUGAAAUUUUGAAGAGUGAGAUAUUCCAUGACACAACUUCUCCUAGAAUUGCCUCGUUCUCUUCUCGUGGCCCAAACACAUUGGUUCUAGAUAUCAUGAAACCAGAUAUAAGUGCUCCGGGAGUGGAUAUCUUGGCUGCAUUUUCACCUCUAGCCUCACCCUCUGAGAAUUUCGAUGACACGAGAAAGGUCAACUACAGCAUAGUAUCUGGAACCUCUAUGGCAUGUCCCCACAUUACUGGAAUUGCUGCCUAUGUGAAAUCAUUUCAUCCUGACUGGUCACCUGCAGCUAUCAAGUCUGCCAUCAUGACCACUGCAAAACCAGUAAAUGGUACUUAUAUUGAUUUGGCUGGUGAGUUUUCUUAUGGAUCCGGGAAUGCAAAUCCACGAUUAGCUGUUGAUCCAGGACUUAUUUAUAACAUUACAAAGGACGAUUAUGUGCAAAUGCUUUGUAAUUAUGGUUACGAUAAUGGAAAAAUUAAACAGAUUACUAGAGACAACUCAAGUUGUCGUGGUGCUUCUAACCUAUCUUUGGUAAAAGAUCUAAACUAUCCUGCAAUAGUGAUUUCUAUUACGUCAGAGACGCCUUUCAAUAUCAAGUUUCCUAAAACAGUUACAAAUGUUGGCUCACCCAACGCAACUUACAAGGCUAUUAUCACUCCAAUUCCAAAUGUCAAGAUUACAGUGGAGCCAAAUCUUCUCUCAUUCAAAUCAUUCCAAGAGACACAGUCAUUUGUCGUCACCGCUGUUGGAAGAGUAGGAUCACAUCAACAUGUGCUUUCAUCGUCACUUGUUUGGUCAGAUGGCACCCACAAAGUCAAAAGUCCAAUCAUCGUGCAAAUAAAACCCUAAACCAUGUAAAAUAAAUAUGUGGUUCUUUUGUACCAAAAAAUUUAUGAUGAUGUAUCAAAGUUUUCAUGUUCAUGUUAAUUUCUUAAAUAUUCAAAAUUCAGUAUGCAUAGAACUAAAAAUAAAGGAAGUUGAAGGAUAGUGUUACUUGCAGAAAAAUCAUGGUAGAACGCCAAUUAAACCAUAUAACCACCAAGGGCUAGUGUUUGAGUUUGUUGUUUGUCCAUAUGGCAGCAAAUGAUUAUUUCUUUAAGUUAUAAAUUUCCUCAUGUUUCCCGUG